CGGGCGAGGCCCUAAAACCCGGCCCCGGCCGCCGCCGGGCAGCGCAGGAGCCGCGGAGCAGCGCGGCCAUGCCCGCCCCCGCCGCGCCCCGCAGCCUGGCCGCCGCCGCCCCCGCCGGCAAGGCCAAGCUCACGCACCCCGGCAAGGCCAUCCUGGCGGGUGGCCUCGCCGGAGGGAUCGAGAUCUGCAUUACAUUCCCCACCGAGUAUGUGAAGACGCAGCUGCAGCUGGACGAGAAGGCCAACCCGCCCCGCUACAAGGGCAUUGGGGACUGUGUGAAGCAGACCGUCCGUGACCAUGGCAUCCGGGGGCUGUACCGGGGCCUCAGCUCGCUGGUGUACGGCUCCAUCCCCAAGGCCGCCGUGAGGUUCGGCAUGUUCGAGUUCCUCAGCAACCAGAUGAGAGACGAGAAGGGCCGGCUGGACAGCACGCGGGGCCUCAUCUGCGGGCUGGGCGCCGGCGUGGCCGAGGCGGUGGUGGUGGUGUGCCCCAUGGAGACCGUCAAGGUGAAGUUUAUCCACGACCAGUGCUCCCCCAAGCCGAAAUACCGCGGCUUCUUCCACGGCGUCAGGGAGAUCGUUCGGGAACAGGGGCUGAAGGGGACCUACCAGGGCUUAACCGCGACUGUCCUCAAGCAAGGAUCCAACCAGGCCAUCCGCUUCUUCGUCAUGACGUCCCUCAAGAACUGGUACAAAGGGGAUGAUCCCAACAAAGUCAUCAACCCCUUCGUCACAGGGGUGUUUGGAGCCCUCGCAGGAGCUGCGAGCGUCUUCGGCAACACCCCCUUGGACGUAGUGAAGACCAGGAUGCAGGGGCUAGAAGCGCACAAGUACAAGAGCACCUGGGACUGCGCCUUACAGAUCAUGAAAUACGAGGGACCCCUGGCGUUCUACAAGGGCACGGUGCCUCGCCUGGGCCGCGUCUGCCUCGACGUGGCCAUCGUCUUUGUCAUCUACGACGAGGUGGUCAAGUUCCUCAACAAGGUGUGGAAAACAGACUGAGCGGCGCGGGCCAGGGUGGCCGCACGCCUCCGCCACCACCGCGAGGCCGCAGCUGGAGAGCGAUGACCAAGGCCGGAGCUGCCGCCGCCGCCAAGGGCCCAAGUCUCCUGCACGUGUCUGCGGGCCGGGAUCACCACCCGGCC